AUAGUCCACCCCAUCCCAUCCAUUUGUCUUUAUUAAUUAACUCACUUGACAUCACCUAUGACUAUGACCAGCCAACGUUGCAGCUGCAUGCCCUUUGAUCAGCAUAAAUACCUCCCGUCUUCAUUGUUAUCUUUCACUCAGAAACAAACGCUUUCGGAAGAAUAUUCAAAAAGAAAAAGAAAAAGAAUGGCUGCUUCGAAGAUCGUCUCUCUCUUGUUCUUCCUUCAGCUAAUCUCUCUUCUCUGUUUCUCCGUUCAGACGGACGCGAAAGGAUUGAAACUCCGGUUUUACGACAAGACAUGCCCGAAGGCCGAGCUUAUCGUCCGGAAGAUCGUCUCUGACGCGAUAAAGAAGGCGCCGACUCUUGCGGCUCCACUGCUCAGAAUGUUCUUCCAUGACUGCUUCGUCCGAGGCUGCGAUGGCUCGGUUUUGUUAGAUCGGCCUAAGGGUGAGAAGAGUGCGAUUCCUAACCUCAGCCUCAGAGGAUUCCAUAUCAUAGACAAAGCCAAGAAGGCUCUCGAAAAAGAGUGUCCGGGCAUCGUUUCUUGUUCAGACAUCUUAGCUCUUGUCUCUAGAGACGCAGUUGCUGCUAUUCAUGGACCGUUCUGGGAAGUCGAAACCGGGAGAAGAGACGGCAGGGUCACGAGCGCUGCCGAGGCCCUAUUGAACCUACCAUCGCCUUUCGAUGACGUCUCGAGUCUAAUCUCUCAAUUUCACUCAAAGGGUCUCGACUUGAUAGACCUGGUCGUGCUCUCAGGCGGGCAUACAAUUGGAAACGGACAUUGCCCUCAGAUAACGAACAGGCUAUACAACUUCACCGGAAAAGGAGACAGCGACCCGAGCCUGGACUCGGAGUACGCGGACAGGCUCAGACAGAAGUGCGAGCCCGCCGACCUGACCACGGCUUUGGAGAUGGACCCUGGAAGUUUCAGAACGUUCGACAAGAGUUACUACACGCUGGUAUCGAAGAGAAGGGGAUUGUUCCAGUCUGAUGCUGCUCUUCUCGACCAUCCAGAGGCAAGAGCCUAUGUUCUCCGACAAGCCCGACCUCACGGUUCCACGUUCUUCAAGGAUUUCGGGGUGUCCAUGGUGAGGAUGGGCCGGGUCGGAGUUCUCACGGGUCGGGCCGGGGAGGUCCGGAAGAUGUGCAGGAUGGUUAACUAAGGAAAAAACCACAAUUCAAAUCAAAGCAUAAGCGAAAUUUGCAUUCUUUUGGCUUUUUUUUUUUUACAAAAAAAAAAUUAUUCUCGUGUUCAUUGGGGAUGUCAAGAAUAAUGCGUUACGGUGUUGGGCUUUUAUUUUCUUUUACUGUCUCAGUUAAUAAAAAAGAGAAACUGGUGUGAAAAUUUCGAUACCCAGUUUCUGAAUCUGUCGUUUAA